AAGCACACUAGAACCCUGAGCAAAGUUGCAAAACCAAAACGACGGCGGCACUUGCGUGUGGACGCAGCAGGUACAUGUAUCGAGGAUACCAGCCUCCCGACUCGGCAAUCAUCCUCAACUCUUUGUUCCCAUCUUCCACAAAUUCUGUGCCCGGAUACCUUGUUCCCUCACCGCACGAGAAACCCACUUCUACCUGGCCCACACCAGCCGUGAACCCACCCACUCGCGGUCUCGAUUGAGCCGAAAUAUUCAACCUUUGGUCAUGUGGACAGACUGCCUAUGACUUUAACCCAGUUCUUCCAUCACCGCGCCCCCUUGCCUUGCUUUAACUCGGUCUUCACUUCACUCCUCCGUCUCCGGCAACCAGUAGUUUACGCGCGCCCCAGGACAAUGGCAACGCAGAUUGACCGGCUCCUUGCCGAGCAUGCGGCCGCGAGCAUCCCCGAGGAACCUCGCCCCGGCCCGUCGGCCACACCAUCGCUCACAUACUCGGAUUCAUCUGAUGAAAUCGAAUUGGAAGAGCCCCGCCAGCCUGAGCCCCUCCGGCGACGACGCGCAUCCACGCGAUUGAUCGCUCAGAGCCCGGCUGAUGUGCAGCGCAUCACGGGCGAGACCACGACACAAUUGAUCCGUCGGUGCUGCGGAGGCGGCUGCUGCCUCGGUCUCGGGCGGCCGAAGAAGGACAACCUCGAGGUGGAAGAGGUCGAGUUCCCCGACAAUGACGCAUACCGAUCGCUGUGUCUCAAGAUUGACCAAAUACCCGCCACGCUGACUGGCGUCUGCGAUUUGCCUGAGCAGACGGCCUUCCUGCAACCGCUCCGGCGGCCUUCCAAUGUGUCGUCCCCGACGGACUCGGGCGUCUCCCUGGGCGCGGAUGGCAUAACGUCGGCCGUGAGCGAUGUCGAGAAGACGUUACACAAAGUGGCACUCGAAGACCUCGACACACGGAUACAGCCGCCAUCAUUCGUUCAGCCGCAUCCCCCGCACCAUGUCUUCCCCGCGCGCAUCCACAGUACGCGCGAGCUGACCCGGCCGGGCGCCGAGAAGCGCACCUUCCACUUUGACCUCGACGUUACAAACUACCCCGAAGGCGAGGGCAUUGACUUCAAGGUUGGCGGUGCGAUUGGUGUAUCUGCACCAAAUGAGGAACAAACGGUCGAGGAGGUCCUCGAUCUCCUCUUGGUGCCCCGCUUCCUUCGCGACAAGCCGGUGCUGCUGCGGACAACUAAGGGAAGAUGGCCUACCGUCUGGGGCGACGACCAGGCCCGCGAGCUUGUCAGUACGCGGCGAGACCUGCUGACCUGGUGCUCCGAUAUUCAGUCCUAUCCGCCGACAAAGCAGAUCCUCCGCGUGCUCGCCGAGCACGCCAUUGACGCAAACGAGCGGAAGAUACUCUUUUUCCUGUGCUCGGCUGAAGGACAAGGCGUCUUCUGCGACUUCCGUACCGGGCCACAUGUCUCGCUCGUCCAGCUUUUGCAUGCAUUCCCGAGUGCCAAGCCGCCCCUCGACCUCCUGCUUUCUGUCUUGCAGCCCCUGAUGCCCCGCUUCUACUCGCUCUCCAACGACCCGCACGAGUCGUUCCUGAGGCACGAUGGCAAGCAACACCGCCUGAUCGAGAUUGCCGUCACGGUUCACGAAACUGCCGACUGGCGUACUGGGUCCCGGACGGGCGUUGGCUCGGGCUUCUUUCAGCGCCAAGCGCUCAAGUUCAUUGAAGCCCAGAAGCAGGGCGAGCAGCACCCAGAGUUCUACAUUCCCAUGUUCAAAGGUCUGAUGGCCAACCCUUUGGCCAAGGAGUUUGUUUCGGACGGCCCCAUGCUGUUGAUCGGCGCGGGCGUCGGCAUCGCGCCUUUCCGCGGCUUCGUCCAGCGCCGCCUCAAGACGGCCAAUUGCGCCAACAAGGUUUGGGUGCUGCAGGGCAUCCGGGACUCGCUUGUUGACGAGCUGUACAGCGGCGAGUGGGGCGUGCACGAGGACGAGGUCAAGAAGGUGGUGCAGAGCCGUCGGGGCGAGGGCCGCUACGUCCAGGAGGAGGUCAAGGCCCAGGCCGACCUCGUCUGGUACAUAAUCAAUUCGGUCGACGGUCGCGUCUUUGUCUGCGGCAGUAGCAAGGGCAUGGGAGAGGGCGUGGAGCGGGCGCUCGUUGAAGUGGCCAUGGAGAAGGGGAACCUCGAGCGAGACGAGGCGCAGAAUUUCUGGAAUUUGAAGAAAGAGGCUGGACAGUACAUUGCUGAGACUUGGUGAUUGCUAUAUCCUUUCUCGUGGCAUUUAUAUUUUUGAUUUCCGGGCACUCGAACGCUCAUGAUCAAGGACAGGGACCCGGCGGCGGAUCGGCAAGAUAAAGGAGAGGGCGUUUCGGCGCAUGCAUUCCACAGCGGAGCUUUGGUGUUCUGAAUUUAUACUGUUGGCUCAGGCCGUCUAGCUAGAGGAGGCGAAAUCUGCGGCAUGCUUUGUACAUCACUGGCUUUAGAUUGUUGUGUUUCGUUUUGGUCACGGUCCAGUUUCUCUGUCGCGAGGUGUGGAUUGGGACUUUGCUCAUAUUUGGCGGCGUAUAUAGUAAAUAUCAUGAUUACUCUCGAAAUAUCAGCAC